CAGUGAAGACAGCCUAGUGCAACCACAUAGUGUGCUUCAUGGUCCAGUGAUCAAGGUGUUUGGAUUCUUGGACUGUGGAUGUUGUUAGAAUGCUGUCCUCCUCCAGGUCUCAACUCUCUCUGGCUGGCUUGCUGUGUAUGCUAGUGGGUACUCUAGUGUACAGUAACACUCUGCACUGCGGCAUUGUGUAUGAUGACGAACCUGCCAUCAUGAAGAAUAGAGAUCUCCGUCCACAGGCGAACUGGAUCGAUUUAUUUUAUCAUGAUUUCUGGGGUACUGUUAUCACUAACCCAACCAGCCACAAGUCAUAUCGUCCUCUGUGUGUGGCCACGUUCCGACUCAACUAUCUGAUGGCCGAGUUGGAGCCCAUGGGCUAUCAUUUGGUCAACAUUCUCCUUCAUGGAGUCGUGUGUUACUUGUACGUUCACCUGGUCAGUCUAGUCUGCAGUCAAGUGUGGCCAGCACUGAUAGCAGGACUCCUCUUUGCAGUCCACCCCAUACACACUGAGGCUGUAGCUGGUCUGGUUGGGAGGACUGAGCUGCUCUCUGCAAUAUUCUUCAGUCUCUCAUUCAUGGCCUACCACAGAGCCUACACUCGCGGAAUGCGGUGGGUGGGUGUGAGCGUGUGUCUCAUGGUGUGUUCUGUGCUCAGUAAGGAGCAAGGUGUUACCGUGGUAGCAGUCUGCACUGUACAUGACCUCUUCAUUCAACACAGGAACUUCCUUGUACAGAACACUCCCUCUUCAACGGUCCACUUGCUCCACUCGAUAUUCUCCAAUCGCAAGAGUCUUCCUAGUUGGUUCCCUGCAUUCGUUAAGAGGAUGUGUAUCAUAGCAACUGUUACCAUGGCACUCCUUGUACUCAGAAUCACACUAGUGGGUGGAGCUCCCAAAAUAUUCCAUGAGAACAUCAACCCUCCACUGUCCCUCUCCUGGCCAUGGAGACAGUUGAGUUGGUCUCAUCUAGUAGCCGUCAACUCUUGGUUAGCCCUGUGCCCCUCCCCCCUCACAGCAGACUGGCGCUUUGGUGCCGUCCCCCUCACACUAUCACUCGCCCACCCCCACAACCUACACACACUACUCACACUACUCACACUCACUGGCUUGACAACCUUUGCCCUCUACCGACGAUGGGGGACAGUGUUGUUUGGUCUGAGUCUGCUGGUGUUCCCGUACGUGCCAGCCUCCAACCUGUUCUUCCCUGUUGGGUUUGUUGUAGCAGAGAGAGUACUCUACCUGCCCAGCAUGGGACUAUGUCUACUAGCAGCACACGGACUAUGGAAACUGCACAAUCACUUCAACUCAAUCAUCCUGAGGUCAACACUGAAGCUGUCCUUCAUUCUGUUACUAGUUACAUUCGCUACAAAGACUUAUACACGUAAUAAAGACUGGGAGAGCAACGUAACGCUGUACAGUGCCGGGGUGAAGGUCAACUCAAGACAUGGCGUGUUCCUGACUAAUCUGGGUAUUGAACACGGGAGAUUAAGGAACUUUAGUUUUGCUGAGAAGUUGUAUCGUCGCACUAUGUUAGAGGCGCCGCUGCAUUCCAGGGGCUUUUCCAACUUUGGUGGUUUAAUGGAAGCACUCAAGAGAUACGAUGAAGCCGAACAGGCAUUCCGUACUGCGAUACGUCUGGGUAAGCAAGACUCUACGGGUACAAAGGUCAUUGAGACGCUGGAAUUUCUACUGGAUAAGAUAAUUCUACGAAAUAACGAUCGCUAUGGUGAUGCAGUUGAACUAGUGGAUCAAGCAUUAUCCAAUUACCCAAGCUAUGGUAAACUGUACAACCUCAAAGGCAUCUAUCUGCAGAGGCAAGGUCGAUCAAAGGCAGCAAUAGAAUUAUUACAAACAGCCAUUAAUAUCAACUUCAUAACAGCCCAAGGCCUGUACCAUCUGGGACUGGCUUACACUGACACCGGGGAUAAGAGGAGAGCUGUUGAAGCAUUCAAGGCUGCUCUAUCCAUGGACCCCACAUACAAAGAUGCAGCCACCAAACUCAAACAUUUAUAGCUAGCAUUAAUAAUCUGAUUUCGUAAACUGUUUCCAUUUAUUUCACCAGCAAAAAUCACAUGUA